UUGGAGGAACCGCACUGUCCUUAAUGACGGCGCAUCUCCGUUCUGCCGCCGUCAUUCGGUCCUCUGCGGAGCACACCGGGAGACACGGCGGAGAGGGAGCGCUGGACGACUCUACAACUCACUGCAGCUUCGUCCACAAGAUUAUUUCUGAGAUAUGAUUCAGCAGAACGAUAUUGCCAGCUCGUGGUACGUGUGACCAGAAGGAGACAGAAGGACAGGAGAGAUUAUGGACUUGUCCGAUGGCUUAUUACUGCAGGUCAACAACGGAGAGCAGUGGUCUAAUCGCUGGAAACACCCUGGCGAUGAUUUCGACCGUAGCACCAGCCCCUCAGUCCUGCGCAGUGUUACCAGCACGUGGAAGGAAGGCCUGCUGAACAGAAAAAGGCCUUUUGUUGGCCGUUGUUGUCACUCCUGCACACCACAGAGCAGGGAACGACUGUUCAACUCCAGUAUUCCUUCUCUGGGAUUGCGCAAUGUUAUCUACAUUAAUGAGACCCACACUCGACAGAGGGGCUGGUUGGCACGCAGACUGAGUUAUGUGCUCUUUGUCACGGAAAGAGAUGUUCACAAGGAUAUGUUUGCUAGGAAUGUGGUUGACAACGUGCUUAACAGCAGCAGGGUGGAGAACGCUAUUGUGAGGGUAGCUACAGAUGUGGAUGUUGCAGCUGAGCAACUUGGCCAGGAGCAUAAAGCUGUCAGCAAAGUGAAACAGAAAGCCAGAGCCUUCCUCCAAGAGAUGGUGGCAAACAUUUCCCCUGCCUUCAUCAGGCUGACUGGGUGGGUGCUCCUCAAGCUCUUUAAUGGUUUCUUCUGGAGCAUCCAAAUCCACAAGGGCCAGUUGGACAUGGUGAAGAAAGCUGCUACAGAGCAAAAUGUGCCCAUGGUCUUCCUCCCUGUCCACAAAUCCCAUAUUGACUACCUUCUUAUCACCCUGAUCCUGUUUUGUCACAACAUCAAAGCUCCACACAUUGCUGCCGGGAACAACCUAAGCAUUCCUAUUCUCCGCACCCUUAUCCGUAAACUGGGCGGAUUCUUUAUAAGAAGAAAAAUGGAGGAGACUGGUGAUGGGAAGAAAGACAUUUUGUACAGAUCUCUUUACAUGCAUAUACAGAGGAGUUGUUACAUCAGAAGCAGUUUUUGGAAGUCUACCUGGAAGGUACACGCUCUAGUAGUGGUAAGCCAUCUCCAGCACGUGCCGGCAUGCUGUCCAUUGUGGUAGACACACUGUGCACUGGGUCCAU